AAAAUGGAUGACUUAAUACUACCGCUUGAAAAAUCUAUUUUCGAAUCAAAUCUUCUAGCAUUUUCGGAAAAUCAAUAACCACAUUCCAAAUGGUUGUGCCCUAAUAGUUGGCUGUUAGUUAUAAAGUUUUGUUUAAUUUUGAAUGUAUAAAGAAUUGAGGAUGUGUGACGUAAAAAAACAAAUUGUUACGGUGACACCGGUUGAUAUUGUUGAACUGUUUUGAUAUUCUUUGUUACAUAAUGAUAUAACAUUUAAACGAAUGAAAGUUACACGACAUAUGUUAUGUAUUAAAAGGAAAAUAUUUCUUUUAUACACCAGAAAAACAAAGAAGUAUGACAGAUAUUGUACCGUUUGGAUAUUUUGAUGAUUGCUAUACAAGAUCGUUUCGGUUUUUGUUUGAAAAUCGUAUUAUAGUUGUGAAAUGUAAUAAAACACGGAAUAUCGUACAGUACAUUUUUCUUGUGCGAGAUCCUCACAGCAAUAUAGGGUUCCAUCAACUUCUUGUCGAAACCAAAAGCAACCCACAUUCUGGAUAUGAGCUUCUGCCAAAGUAUCACAGAUUUUCUAUAUGGAAUGAUAGUGUGUUGUUGAUGAACAUACCUACUCUAAUUUCUAUGUUGAAUUUAGGAAUUAUGUUAAGUUUAGACUGUUUCUGGGAAAAUGUCAAAAAAGGUCAAAGAACUCCAGUUAGAGAUUUUAAUAUUGGGUAUUUACCAGAUACUCGGCUUCUGAAUAGUCUGUGUAAGCUUCUCGGAAGAAAGUCUGCAAUAAUCAGAGUAUUUUGUUCUGAAAUAUGUUUAAGAAUACAGAAAGAAUAUACCGCUGUUAUUGAGGUUCGUGCUGCAUAUGUCCCUGGAAAAGAAAAUGAAAUAGUUUUUGUCGUUAUUACUAAAAACAAAUGUGAAUCACCAACGAUUCAAGACAGGCCUAUCGUCCACCGUUGCAUCGAUGAUAUGAGCAAAGAAGCCUCCCAUAUAAUUAAAAACGAAAGAGCAAUAACAGCGAAGCAAAGAAACGAAAUGAGAGCAAUAUUAGAUAGAAAUACAAAAACAUUAUUGAAAAAACAUACAAAUAUAACAUUAAUCUCUAUCAGUUCGAUCAAGUCGAAAGGCUUUAAUGACAACGGUAUUUCGAAAUCGGAGUACACACCGUGUAUUGUUUUCUAUGUCCCUGUGAAGGGUUUGAUUCCUGUUGACGAAGAUAUAUUGCCAAAUUUAAUUGAUGGAUAUAAAACUGACAUUCGUGAAGGUGCAUUUACUCCAUACGUUCUCACCUCUCGCGACAUACACGAAAAGGUAAAGAUGGGUUGCCUGAUACAGGGCCUUCCGGACAAUACUGAUACAUCCGGAAAUAUUCAAACUGGGACACUUGGGGGUUUUAUCGAUCAUCCACAGUUCGGCCUUUGUUGUUUUACAUCGGCUCAUGUCAUCCUCUCAGACAACGAUAUGAGUGCCAUCGGAAGAGGUGUAUCGUUACAACCAACCAAUGAUUUAUCAUGCUAUCAACCAUAUCACCCACAUAGAUUUGGAUCAAUUGUUUUAGCUGUUUGUGAAGAAGGAAAUGCAAAUUGUCCUGGGGUAGAAGUAGUCAUGAUCAAAAUUGAAAAUAGACAAAUUGACAAUCACGGCAGAUUUCCAGGUACGGAAGAUAUUGCUUAUUGGUCAGGAAAAAUACUGGAAUUAGACGAAAUACGUCAGCUUAUCAAUACUACAGAGACCUACGUGAUAAAAUAUGGAGCUGAAACCGGAAUAACUAAGGGUAAAAUUCUCAAUGACAUGACAACAACAUGUUUUAAACACGGUAAUUUGAACUUCACAUUGCAAAAUCAGGUGGCAAUUUAUGGAGUUAAAUUUGCUGAAGCUGGAGAUUCCGGAGCACUUGUAUUUCAUUGUCAUGAAAACAUGCCUUUGAGUGUAAUUGGAGUAAUAGAGGGCGGAACAAAUUUCGAUACCUGUCUCGUUACACCAAUAUGUGCCGUACUGAAAAGUCUUGGGUUAUCUCCUCCGCUGCAGAUGAAAGCCUUUGAAAAUGUGCCUUAUGAACAACGAAAACUAGAAAACAUGGAGGAGCGAAUAUGCCGUAUUGAAAAAACAUCCGAACGCUUAGAAUCAGAGUUCAAUGCUAUUCAAUCUAAACUCGAUAAAAUCAUAUCCUUUUUUGAGAAGGGAUAGCUGCCUGAAACAAACAAACGGCGGAAGGCUAGUCAGUAAAGUUACAAAAUUGU